AUAUAAAACAAACAAAAAAAUCUCGCAAACACAAUUUCCGCCCAGUGCGCGCGCGCCGCGGUGACAUAAUGGAACGUGCCAGUCUAGAAAAGGCUCGCGGCGGCUCGCGCGCGCGCGCAUUUCACUCCGGUCCCGCAGGAGAACAGCCGACUACGUCCCCGCCAAAGUCCUCGACAUCAUACAUUUAUCAAUUCAUCUGUUUUUUUUUCUCCAACCAGGUGUUUUAUUCCGUCCCUCCCUUGGAGGUUAUGGGCGAGGCGCCGCUGUGAGGCAAGUGCCGCGUAUAGUUACGACUCUUCGUCUCUAUUCACGGGGAGAAUGAUGAAGAAGGACGUUGGCUUGAGCCUGGCGGACGACGACGCAGACCUCAAGCCGCAUCUCCGCGACGCCGACAGCCUCCUCGGCUCCCCGGACCUGGGGCUGCUCAAACUGGCCUCCCCGGAGCUGGAGAGGCUCAUCGUCCAGUCCAACGGGAUGGUCACGACCACCCCGACGAGCCCCCAGUUCCUCUACCCGAAGGCGGUGACGGACGAGCAGGAGUUCGCGGAGGGCUUCGUGAAGGCGCUGGAGGAUCUGCACAAGCAGAACCAGCUGAGCGGAGCCGGGCAGGCGGACUUGGAGCUGGGCGUCAAUGUGGCCGCGGUCACCGCCGCGGCGGACCUGCCGGUGUACACCAACCUGCACGGCUACGGUGUCCUGGAAGACACCGUCAACUACUCCACGGACGCGUUCCCGCCGCCGCCGCCGCCGGAGCAUCACUUGCCGCCGGAGCUGUCGCGCCUCCCGCCGCUGAAGGAAGAGCCGCAGACGGUCCCCGACGUGCAGAGCUUCGGCGAGAGCCCCCCGCUGUCCCCCAUCGACGUCGACUCGCCGGAGGACACGAAGGCCGAGAGAAAGAGACUGAGGAACCGGAUCGCGGCGUCCAAGUGUCGGAUGCGGAAGCUGGAGCGCAUCUCCAGGCUGGAGGACAAGGUCAAGUCGCUGAAGAGCCACAACACCGACCCUGGGCUCCACGGCGAGCCCUGCUGCGGGACCAGGGUGGCGCAGCUGAAGCAGAAAGUGCUCAACCACGUCAACAGCGGCUGCCAGGUGCUGCCGCACGAGGUUCAGGUGCACUAGUCCGGGGAGCGGACCUGACGGCGGGCCGCUGACCAGCAUAUAAGCUCCAUGGACUCUGUCUCUGUGUGUGUGUGUGUGUGUGUGUGUGUGUGUGUGUGUGUGUGUGUGUGUGUGUGUGUGGGUGGUCAGGCCCACACAGGCUAAAUUGUACAUACAUGAUUGAGCGUUCAAAUGAUUUUGAGCAUCAGUAAUAGACCAAAAACACAAAAUGAAGAUGACGAGACUUUUGUUGGACAAUAUAAGUGGGGAGGAAUUUUCCGGGAU